AUGUUACCAAAAAUUGAUCCAAACAUAUCACAAUACACGUUAAGUGAGGUGACAAGGGUAGCUAAAAACGUUAGACAACUAUUAACCGAUGAAGAUGAAAACGACGAUCAUGAUUAUUCAAUACAAGGGUUAACAUAUGUUGAGCUAUCUAGAUCGCCAUUUAAAAGCCAAGAAAAUACACAUGAAACUCGUACAGAAACACUUUCAACUGAGUCCACUUUAGCAAAAUUAACAACAGCAAACGACAUAAUGCCUAAUCAACAUAAAUUUGAUAUAAGUGAAUCCGAAGUUAAAUAUUAUUUAAAUGACUGUGAUCAGUUAAACAAAUUAAAACGAUCAAGAAGUGAACCUCUAUCAGCGAUAAAAGCAUUGAUACGAACGUCACAUCGAUUACGCGGACAUCAAAUAGAAAAGGACAAAACAUUAAGUAUUGAACAGAAAAUAAACAAAUAUCCAGAAUUAUUGGAUGAAAGAAUGAUAUGA